AUGGGCAAACGACUGCAAUAUCGGCUCCCUCAUCGACCUAAUAUCAUCAGCCUACUUCCACUGGCACCCACCAUUCAAGCAGCACCACCCGACGCGACCUUGGCACGGAUUCAGAAACCGGCUAUUCAACCUUUCAAAGAUAUCUCUACGGACCACAGACUUACCUGCUGGACUCGCUCGAUCCAUGUUUUCCCUGCCGCAUACCCUCGUUCAAUUGUUGGAUCAGCCGUUCAUGAGGCCGUUCUUCCCACAUACCUACGCUCGCAGGAUGCUGGGACAAUUGCACACGACAUUAGAGCUCGAAACGUUCACGCCGAAAGAAGGAUUGAGUCUGAGUUGGGUGCGGUGGACAACGAACCCCAGUUAUUCAUUGCAGCCGCUCGAUAUUUCAACCAUUCUGAAUCAGUGAAAACUCGAGAAAAUCAAGCUACUAAUGGAGAGGAGCCCAUCACUUUAAUAUUAACUCAUGCAAACGGAUUUCACAAGGAGACUUGGGAGCCGAUGUUGGCUCAUCUACUCCUAUCUCCUGGGGGUAGAAAAAUCAAAGAAAUCUGGGCGCUUGAUUGCGCUAAUCAUGGCGACAGUGCCAUCCUAAAUCGAAGUACUCUUGGUUUGAAUUUUGAUUGGGCAGAUAAUGCUCGCGAUUUACUGAAUUUCGUGUUAUUAUACCUGCCUGAGCAACAUUCAUCUGAUUCUAGUCUGCCUAUGGUUUUGCCGCCCCUUGACUGCCCGCAUCCACAACUCCUCCAGCUUGACAAGUCGCCUCCUUUGAACACCUGCGGCCCGGUCUGUUGGCGUCAUCGAAGACUGGGGCUCAUGGGGCACUCCUUGGGUGGCUGCGCGUCCAUGUUGGCAGUUACAUCGAUUCCAGAACUAUUUGCAGAGGUUACACUAGUCGACCCCGCUAUUGCGCCAACGCAUGGUACUGACAUUUCAGCCGCAAUCAGACUUGUCAGUCUGGCUGUAACCCGGCAAAAUGAAUGGGAGAGUCGAGCGGCGGCCUUGAAAAAAUUUCGGACAAAUAAAACGUUUUACGGUCGCUGGGAUCCUCUAGUCUUGAAAAGAUACGUUGAACAUGCCUUGGAAUCCGAUCAGUUGGUAAAAUUGAAAUGCAACAAACUUCACGAAGCAUCCGUUUUCACUCAGUGUCAUGGUCGUGGUCCUGAAGCGUAUCACAGGCUCUUGAAUUUGUCCAACAAAAACAUCAACGAAAAACAGACCAUUAUGCCCAGUAACGAUCAACUUCCCUUUCGAUUUCUCUUGAUACUCGGGAACCAAGCCGAAUCAAUCGUACCAGAAGAAGCUGUCUGCAAUUUUGGCUUUGUCAGAAUGAAUCAAUCUGGUCACCUAGUCGUUCAAGAGAACCCACUGAAGCUGGCUGUCUUAAUCUCCAAACACCUCACCGAAUCAAGAUAUCUUCCGCCCAUUGACAAGGCGCCCGAUUUCACUCCGUCCAAGCUAUGA